UAGUUUACCCUAUUGUUCUCACUCAUCCAAACAAUAAAACAUAUUUACAAGGCAAGAACGUAAGUUUCGACUGCGAAGUUGAUGGUCGACCGAAACCUUUAGCAUUAUGGUUGUUCAAUAACCAAUCUGUCACAACCAACCACAGAAAGUUGUCCAAUGGCAGUAUACUGUUAUAUUCUGUUCAAAAUAACGAUUUGUAUGAAGGGAGCUAUACGUGUUUCGCUGCAAAUGAAGCUGGUCGAAGUGAGAAAUCAACAAGUUACCUUACAGUACAUGGUAAGUUUUUUGGAAUAAAUGUUUGAAUGAUUAUAUAAGUUGGGUAGUCAUAGACAGUACAUCCCCGCCACUUACAGUAAAGUUUCAGGUAUAUGAAUCCUGCAUGUAAUACGAUUUGCAAAUAUUUUAGAAAUUUCUCAUCCAAUUUUCAUCUAAAUCUAAGCUAAGUUUGAUAUAUAGAUCUUGGCCUACGUCCAUUAGCUCAACGAUUAUCAGUAUUGAACUGUUCAAUAUUUGUUUAGUUACCCUGCAUUUUGACGGGGAAAAAAACCCCAAAUAAACCGUGCCUCAAUACUAAAUAAUGUAUGUUUGUUUGCAGUGCCUGCCAAAAUAUUGAAAAUAUCUAAAACUAAAGUACAUCAGCUCACGGACAACGUAACGUUAACAUGCAAUGUUACUGGUGAUCCACGUCCGAGUAUUUCCUGGACAAAAGCAAACUACUCAAGUCCGUUAACACCUCCCAAGUUUCAACUGUCAAAUUAUAACCAAUCACUGACAAUUAUGAAUAUCACUCUGCAAGAACAGGGAACGUAUAUUUGCAACGCGACGAACAAAUAUGCCUCAGUCCGACGAAACGUUACUGUAAAUGUUGAAGGUAUGUUGGUUUUUUUUUUGGUACUCCUAUAUGUCUACUAGUGUGGCGGAUAUGUGCAUGGAUGUUUCCGAAGAGGGUUAAAAGCACCAAAUUGUGCACUGUAGCAUCUUUUUAUGAGUAGAACAACAUGCAAAAGUGGGGCCAUCGUGAAACUGUUUUUUUUAGAGAGUUACGAUGCUAUUAGCAUUAUUUGCUAUUAAAUUCUACUACAACAAAAAAUGUGAAAUUUUGAAUUCAAUCGCGACAAAUAUAACUUGCAUCAUCAGAAAGCUUGUAAAAAACUACAUAAAGAAAAUAUUUGCGAGCAAAUACGAAUUUUAUGACUCCCGUCUCAGACUUUGGGGAGAUAAGUCGGUUAUUACAAUUGAUAAGCCGUGGUGUAUUAUAUAUUAAGCUGACAGAGAGAGGAAAUACCUAAGGUAUUAGGUAUAUCUUGAACAGACUCGGUUAUAUAUAGAUACGAUUACGAAAGGGUUAUAACACAUCCCUAUGCUAAGUUCUAAGCAUUCACAUACAGCUUACCGUCAAAGGAACAUCACCCAUACUGACGACUAUUAAAAACUUGAUAAACUUUAAUUAAGAGAAGUUUUGCUCUGUUAUUUGAUUAUUCUUUCCAGGUAAGAUCUGUAUUUUAAUUUCACAUUAUUAGUGGCACUGCGUUUUAUGAACAGUUACGUUGCGCUUGUGUGAUAUAUUUUGUCAGUCUCAAGUUAGCGCAACAUUGACCAUGCAUUGCCUUCUGUCCCCUUGUUUUGGGAUUUUUAUUUAUUGACUUGGGCCCAAUGCUUUGGGAAUAUUCUCCAUGUGUUUGGAGAUUUAUUUAUAUAUUUGUACCCCAUGUUUUUUGGGGCAUGUUCUCCAUCUUUUGGAGAUUAAUUUAUGUACUUGUACCUCAUGUUUUGGGGGUGUUCUCCAUGUUUUUUGAGAUUUAUUUAUUUACUUGUACCCCAUGUUUUUGGGGAUGUUCUCCAUGUUUUUGGAGAUUUAUUUAUAUACUUGUACCCCAUGUUUUUGGGGAUGUUCUCCAUGUUUUUGGAGAUUUAUUUAAUUAAUUGUACCCCAUGUUUUUGGGGAUGUUUUCCAUGUUUUUGGAGAUUUAUUUGAUUAAUCGUACCCCAUGUUUUUUGGGGAUGUUCUCCAUGUUUUUGGAGAUUUAUUUAUCUACUUGUACCCCAUGUUUUUGGGGAUGUUCUCCAUGUUUUUGGAGAUUUCUUUAUAUACUUGUACACCAUGUUUUUGGGGAUGUUCUCCAUGUUUUUGGAGAUUUAUUUGAUUUAUUAUAUACAUGACAAAAUUACUGCAAUCUGAUUGGUUAAGAGGAGUGCAAUUAUUUCAUUAAUUGCACUCUCCAGGAGUGCAAUUAAUGAUUUUCGUGAUGGUUGGGGGGAGCGGGAAAUCAAAACAACAAAAUCCAAUAUGGCGGCGAAAUUUAGAUAAGUAUUUCUAACAAAUGUGGACGAAUUUAACUGAAUUUUGGCACAAGAAUGAGUUUAAGAAACAUUGUAUGGCAAAAAGAGCCUGUGGAAAAUACCUGGAAACAGUCUUAAGAAAUAAUCUUGGCGGGAUGCUGCGAAACGUGACUAUGUAAGUUUGAAAUACAAUUUAUAAAGAUUUUCUUAGUCUAAAAUAUGUUGUUUGAGUUUGAAUCUUGUGUUCUAGUUUAAGUUUGUACCUUUAUGAUUUUAUAAUCAUUUCCCAAGUUUGUUUGUACCAAAUUGCUUACAAAAGAAUUAAAAACUCUUGACAAAAUGCAGUUGAAAUAUAAAGAAAGCGAUUUUGUCAUGCAUAUAAUAAAUAUUCGGCGGCUCGUGCAAUUUUGGCACAUUUUUCAAAUAUCACUCAUAGUGUUAAUCAUUAAUUGCACUCCUUCCCGUGUGAUUACCUAUACUAAUUGUACCCCAUGUUUUUGGGGAUGUCCUCCAUGUUUUUGGAGAUUAUUUGCAGUUUAAGUUAUUUGGUCAUCCAGGGCUUGUAAUAUGCGGCGAGUCGAAAAUGUCUGCCAUAUUUGCCCUGCGAAAAUUUUUUAAUUAUCAUCGUUUUUCAUACGGCCCAACGAUGAUAGUAUUUAUACAGAAGUUGUACAUAAAUUGAUAAUAUUUUGUUCCAUAUAUAUUAUUGUAUUUUAUACUGUUUUGCAAGUUUUCUUGUUACAGUAUGCCACCACGUAAGCAACAACGCAAAAGAGCGGCAUCAACGACAACGGGUGGUCCGUCUUCGCGUCGUAGUCGUCGCGCUUCAACCAUCAACGCCGGUAAGCUGUAAAACAUGGAAUCUGGAAUCUUGGAAUCUGGGAAUCUGGAAUCUUGGAAUCUUAUCAUAUAACCGCAAAAUAUGUUAUUAUCAAGAUAUUAUUUUUAAUAUCUUAAAUAAUAACAUAAGAUUAAUAUAAAUAUUAAUAAAUAUAAUAACUAAUAUUAAUUAGUGCCACUAAUUAUUGCCAAGGUUAGCUUUUAGUUUGAGAAUACAUUUUGAAUCAAUAGUGUAACAACCAGGCGAGUUUGAGUUUUGGUCGUGUGUCGUGGGUAAAAAGUCGUGCGUAAAAGUCGUGGGUUGAAAAAUGCUCUAAAUUUCCAUUUUUCGCUCAGACACUGCUUUUGCUAAAAUAAUUUCUGUUUUAACAAAACGCGUGUUAGCGAUCAAAUGUCCAACUGAAUAUUUAACCGAAAUUCUUCAUAUUAUGCGUUCGAACUUCGAACUAAAGUCAAGAACGCGGCAGGAUAUGGCCAGGUGGCAAGUAACUAAAGGAAUGUUAAUCACAAUGCGUAGAACACCUAGUAAAUCCGACAAAAAACAUGCAUAAACACCUAUAGUAAUCCGACACAAAGUUCAUAUUACGAUUCCCGGAUUCCCCGUUCCCUGUUUUAAAGAUAGCCUAGUCUGUUCGACAAGCGAUAUAUGUCUUUCGUAUAAGCCGUAAUUUUAGCUGCUUUGAAUUGAUUUCUGCUCUACUUGAUCAAGUUAUAAAUUCGUUUCAGAACAGUAGCGAAUGACAUUCUACUGGGCGGAAAGUUCCACUUAAAGAUUAAUAUUGUCGGGAUUGCCUUACUUUGUUUUGAAAUAAAUACACGGCACAAUAAAUCAGGAUGCAAUUUUUUGAGGCUAGUGUGUGAACGUCUUGAUCAGGCGUCUUGCUUUGUAUUAAACUGUUUUAUAUAAAUUCACCAAAGCCAACGUGAUUUGUCGUGCCGUGUAUUUGUCAUUCGCUACUGUUCUGAAACGAAUUUAUAACUUGAUCAAGUAGAGCAGAAAUCAAUUCAAAGCAGCUAAAAUUACGGCUUAUACGAAAGACAUAUAUCGCUUGUUGAACGGACUAAUAUGAACUUUUAAAAAUAAUAACUUGAUAAUAACAUAUUUUGCGGUUAUAUGAUAAGAUUCCAAGAUUCCAGAUUCCAUGUUUUACAGCUUACCCAUCAACGCCACCAGAGCGACACAGAAUUAAUGCUGCCCCAAAGUUGAUUUACCGCCAUUGGCCACACCACGAACAUCAACUCCUCCUGCUCCUUCGUCAGGGAAUGUUCUGUCGCCCGAGAUCCUUCAGACUCUGGUGUCAACCGUGGCUGCUGAAGUGACCAGGCAAAUGGCUACGAUUCUUCCAGCCCAAGUUCCCAGUCCAGUGCCAACUCCAGCAGUACCUGCUGUACCUGUGAUGGCUACCGAACCGAGACCGAGUCAGACAUCGUCAUCGAAUGCAGCGGAAGUCAAUAAUUUGGUAACGGGGGCAAUAGCUGCGGCUCAUGCUGGCAUCUCGGGUGAGCCACAGUUAUUGCCAACUAUAAUUUCUCCUAGUACUGCGAGUUCUGUCGAACCUACUCAAUUGUUUCACUCAGCCGGUUUGGCUAUUGACUCGCGGGUUUCGGCAAAACUCAAGGGUAAAAUAUGGGAUGAGGAGUUUAUCGAUUUCGGUAGCUUGUUGAGCAAUUCCGCCAAUGGCAAUGAUAAGUAUCAACUUUCAUUUUUGAGUUCUAACGGUGGUCUACCUGCCUCUUUUUGUCUGGAACCUGCGGCCAAGCCUACGAAAAUCCUAAAUAUUGAAGCUUGGCUUCAGGCUUUUCACAUAUUUGUGGGCGUUUACACUCAAAGAUACCCAGUUGAGGCCCCCGCCUUAAUGAAAUAUGGGCAAACUAUUCAGGACUUGGCGGCUCGCGGUCUGAAUUGGCGUUUUUACGACGAGAAUUUUCGUUUUUUAAGACAAACUCAACGUACUCUUGUUCCGUGGGGCUCGAUUCACGGGGAACUGUGGUUGCGUUCACAGUAUUCUAUGACUAGAAAGUCAUCAGGGCCCCAAGUGGGUCAGAAUAAUUUUGCUCCUAAGCCCCGGUCACCUACUGCUGUGCCUUGGGGUUAUUGUUUUAAAUUUCACCGUGGUCAAUCGUGUACGGGCUGUGCAUUUAAACACUCGUGUUUUAAAUGCCAGGGUAAUCACCGUGUCAGCCAGUGUGGUAAUAAUUUUCGUGGCUUUAACGGAAAAUCGCCCGCCAAUACCGACCGCUCCGCCAAGUCAAGUACUACCAACGCCAGUAAAAAUUCAGCCUCUAAUUGAACUUUUGUCAGGUUACGAGCCAUCGAUUAUAAAUACUUUAAUUUCUGGUUUUUCGUUUGGGUUUCCUCUGAACUAUCAGGGCGACAUCAAAUCUAUAGAGUCAAAAAAUUUAACUUCAGCUUUACAAUAUCCAAAAAUUGUGGACAUGAAACUAGACAAAGAAUUGGCUGCCAACAGGUUAGCCGGCCCCUUUUCGUCUCCGCCAUUUAAUUCCUUUUGUGUUUCGCCUCUUGGCCUGGUCCCUAAGAAAACACCCGGCGAAUUUCGUUUAAUCCAUCAUUUAUCCUUCCCUAAAGGUGUAUCGGUUAAUGAUGGGAUACCUUCAGAAAGUACAAGCGUACAUUAUGCUACUGUUUCUGAUGCAAUACGUUUAAUAAAACGCGCUGGGCCGGGUUGUUUCUUAGCGAAAACCGACAUCAAGAACACUUUUCGUAUCAUGCCAAUACAUUCUGAAGACUAUCAUCUUUUAGGAAUGAAAUGGUGGGGGUUAUAUUAUUUUGACCGUUGCAUGCCAAUGGGAUGCUCCAGUUCAUGCAAGACUUUUGAUAUAUUUAGUACAGCCGUUGAAUGGAUUGCUCAACAUAAAUUCAAUAUCGAUAAACUCCUCCAUCUUUUAGAUGAUUUUCUUUUAAUUGCUGCCACUCAUACCCAAUGCCGGAGCAAUUUGGAUAGAUUUCUAAAUUUAUGCGCCAUACUCGGUAUUCCUAUUGCACCAGAGAAAACGUGCGGGCCUGCAACAACUCUUACAUUUGCUGGUAUUGAGUUAGACUCUGUAAAAUCGCAAGCGCGCUUGCCAGCAGAUAAACUUGCAAAAUGUGUCGACACCAUCGAGUCUUUUCUUAACCACAAAAAGGUUACCCUAAAAGACCUUCAAUCUUUGAUCGGCUUGUUAAAUUUUGCUUGUUCCGUAAUUGUGCCAGGUCGCACAUUUUUACGGCGUCUCAUUGACCUUACACAAGGCAUUCAGAACCCGCGACAUUUCAUUCGUUUACGUCAGGCGGUCAAAGAGGAUUUGAAAAUUUGGCAAACAUUCUUAUCUUCUUUCAAUGGCAUUUCAUUUUUCCUGGACGAAACUUGGUGCAAUUCCAACAAGCUUAAUUUGUUUACAGACGCUUCAGGUUCGAUUGGCUUCGGGGCCAUAUUUGGCACCGAAUGGUGUUAUGGCAAAUGGCCGGCACAUUGGUUACACCGUAAUAUCGCAUUUCUAGAGUUCUAUCCAAUUGUUCUCACUAAAACUAUAUUCAUGAUGUACUUAUCUGGGUAAGUACCUAAUGAGAGGUUAGUCUCUUUCCCAACUCCAUAAACGCUGUACCGUCUCCAGUCGGGAAAGAGACAACAGCCGUGUACCUCAGAGCCCGUCAAAACUCCACCAUUAGGUAAGAGUAUGUAUCAUUCGGCGCACGAGGACUAGCUGGAUCAACCAUCAAACUUGCUUGUGCAGGGAAUUUAUACAGUAACAUCUGCUCUUUCGCUUGUGGGACGUGAAAUGAUAUACUGCGCAUGCUUGACCACAUUUUAAAGCGUAUAUAGUGCGCAUACUCAGCCUUGUGUUACGUCCCACAAGCGUAAGAGCUGUUUUGUGAAAACCUUCUCAAUCAUGUAAUAAGUCAGUUAAUUACCUCGAACCUCGGCAUUUAUCCAUAUACAGCCCUCGGCGCUACGCGCCUCGGGCUGUAUAUGGCUAAAUGCCUCGUUUCUCGGUAAUUAACUCUUACUUAAUGCUGGUUUUAGGUGACGCCACAAGUAGGGUUAGCCAUAUAAAAGGACCCCUUGGUGGUUAAUGUUUAAAAUGUUUGCAGAUAUUUUGUUAUUUCAAAGACUUAGAGUAUCCAGAGAAUAAUUUUCAACUCAUAAGGUUCAGUGGUUUUCAAGCAAUAUCUGCAAAAAUCCAAGAUGGCGACAUCUCAUUGCUUCAAGUCAAAAUAUUUCAAGAACUAAGCAAGAUAUAAAGAGUUUAACACAUAAUUUUGAAAGUUCUUUCAAAUGCGAAAAUCUAAUUUUAUAUUGCCAUAUCUCUUUAAGAAUAAAGAAAUACAAUGUAUACUUAAGCUAAAUUACUGUCCCUUCUGCGCAUGAACGGGAUUUGUAUUUACACUUCUUGUUUUGAUACACUUUAGCUGCAUGUUCCCAUGUACUUAGCAUGCAUAUAAGCUAAAAAGUUACAUGAUGAAUUAGUCUUCAAUUUUGCCAAAAAUCUUUUUUUUGAGACAAGCAAUGAAAUAUUUUCGUGAAUCAAAUGUAUGGCUUUCCCUUUGCUUGCCUCGUUCAAUGACUCUUAUAGGUGAAACCGAAAUUGUAAAAAGUGUGUACACAUUUCCUUAAGUAUUUUUCCCCUGCUACUCUGAGUGCAGUUCACACAGGGCAAGCUGAAACACCGGGGUGGGAUUCGAGCUGUUUUUCAGCUUGCGCGGUGUGGACUGUACUAAGAGUAGCAGGGAAAAAAUACUUAUAACACCUGAGUACAAAAUGCACCACCACAAUCAGAGUACAUUUCCUUACAUUUUUGCGACAUGCAUAGAAGGGAAUAAAAUGUAAUCGACUUGUAACUUCAAGUUCACUGUCGGUGAACAUCGCAUUGCAGUUCAGCAACGAAAGACGAGUAUUUAAUGGAUCGCUGUGUGGUGUCUGAUACAGCUAACGCGAAAUCCUGGAGGAAGUGGAGGAUACCUGACAUUUGAUCAGGGUAAUUUAUGUGGAAGACGUAAUAGCUUGAAAUGACGUCGACUAAAGCUUCCAACAGGUCCGUGCUGCUUUCGAAGAACGUCGUCCGGUGGGUGUGCCGAGUACCACCAGUUUAAACUGGACCGCUUGUCUUCAAACAAAUUCUUGGGCUUACUCGAUGGCUAUAGCGAAGAGAAUACAUAAUGGUAGAGUUUAAGGUACUUUUUGCACACACUGCCCUUACAAACGUGUAUAGAAACUAUCUCUAACUCAGCUACCAAGUGUAAUUUGAAUAUACUUACAUCGUUGAACUUAAUUAGUGAUCCCCUUUUUUUCAUUGUUUUCGUUUCAAUGAAUGAAACAGCGUCAGCAACAUCUUUAUUCGCCAGUUCAUCCUUCCGUAGAACUUUUUUAAUACCUUUUCUCAAUCUUUCCACAGACUUCUUUAAUGCAAAACCUGGGAGAACUUUUUGCAUUUCUUUAUGCACCUAUACAGAGGAUAUACGCGACUUUACACAAGUGAUUAUUGAAUAUUUUGUAAUGAGGCGAUUACUACAUGACAUGAGGCGAUUUGACAUGAGGCGAUUACUACGCAAUUUUUGUCAAUAUUGGCAGCAAGCAACCUCGUACCCAGGGCUUAUGUGCUUGGUCGCUCUCGUAAGCCCUGAGAUAAUCAACCUCUUACCCAGGGCUUAUGUGCUUGGUCGCUCUCGUAAGCCCUGAGAUAAUCAACCUCGUACCCAGGGCUUAUGUGUUUGGUCGCUCUCGUAAGCCCUGAGAUAAUCAACCUCUUACCCAGGGCUUAUGUGCUUGGUCGCUCUCGUAAACCCUGAGAUAAUCAACCUCGUACCCAGGGCUUAUGUGCUUGGUCGCUCUCGUAAACCCUGAGAUAAUCAACCUCUUACCCAGGGCUUAUGUGCUUGGUCGCUCUC